GCGCCUGGUGAAAGCUUUGCAAAGGCUGCAAAGCAUGCAAAGUUGCGAAGUGCAUACUGCAUACACCAUUGUUUUUGUGUUUUUUUCUGAAAUCUGGCUUGUUUUUGUGAAGACUUGGGAUUAAAUUUGUGAAAGUUUGCGAGAUAAUUGAUAGACUGUUUGGGUCCUUCCGGUGUUUUGAAUUUGAGGUUAAAGACUUUGUAUCUCAUGGGUACCAGCACCUCGAGCCCCGUCGCGGACACCCCUCCAACAGCUUCCCAGGCUGUUACUACUGAGGAUCACGAUCAUCACGUAACCUCUCAGGAAACUUCGCCUUUAAGAGAAGUUCGCGAGAUUCAGAGUUCCUAUUGCAAGGAGUAUGGCAAGGAUAAAGUGAUUUUCCUGUCGCGUGGGGAUUGGGAAAAGCCACCGGACUCAAUUUCCAAUGAUUUUCUGAAAAGGGUUCUGGAUGACGAUGGUCCCAGAGGCGUUGUCCUUCCGAAUGGGGAAAUUAACUGGGGUUGUCCAUGUCUCGGAAAUCUUACGUAUGGGCCGUGUGCGCUUCCGUUUCGGCAGGCCUUUUCCUGCUUCCAUUUCAGUACAGCGGAAGCCAAGGGCAGUGACUGUAUUGAGCAGUUCCGCGCUAUGACUGAGUGCAUGGCGAAAUACCCCAAUCUGUAUCCCAUGGGUGGUGAUGAUGAGGACGAAGACGAGGAAGAUGCUUUUGCGACGAUCGACAAAGCCGAAAAGCAAGCCGAAAGUGAGAAGAGGUCGAAACGUUCUGUGCCAAAUAAAGCGGCAUAAAGCAUUUCAAAUAGCACUGCUUGCUCCGUUUGUUGUUCAUAGAUUGUUGUUUGACUUGUUUUAACCAAAUACCGUAGCGUUCGUUUGCAGUGCAAUAUUAUGUGAUUGGGGCUUUGCAUAAGUCUCACUGUGGGCGAAAUGGGACUUCGCAACCUAAUAAACCCGUGGUAUAAACGAGG